AUGGACGGAGAAUGCUACUUCUGUACCGGCAACGUCGAUGCGUACUAUGACAGCCCCGACGAAGUAAUGCAAUCAAUCCCCAGAACCAUUAGGCUCCCGGGCCCAGGGGUCUACUUGGAGGCCAUCCCGACUCACAAAUUCAUAAUCUACCGCGAGAAUUACCUCCGCCAGCUACUCAGACUGUCCUUGACGAUGCUAUCGAAACCUUUCCCCGUGGAAGCCGAGAGCCGCGAGUGGGAAAUGGAGAUCUCGUCCGCUUGGCCAGAGAUCUGGUGCAAGCUGUUGCGGACACACAUUGGGCAUAACGUAUUCCUCUGCGACUGCAAGCCCAUGGACGAGGUCUGGCGCGUAAACCCUGCGUUUGCCAUGAGGAAGAACGAAGCAGCUCAUAUCCUCGAGGAUAUGGCGUACAGGACCGAUGAAGCUGGAACUCUCGAGGCCUUUGCCGAGGAGAUUCGGGGACAAGCUUUCGAUGAGGAUGAGGAUGUGUGGGAACUUACCACCGGGCCGACCGAGAGGGCGAUCAACCUGGAGAAUUUGCACAACGAUAAGCGCGACUUUCCCGGUCACCAGAUGGCGUUCGUGGCGUUGAGCAGAGACACCUACGAACGCCGCCUACACAAGCUCCUGGAGAGAGCGAAGCGAGCCCGCAACGCCAUCUCAGAGAGGGGCUCGGACGAGUCCCAGAAACACCCAUCGAGCGCGUACUGGCACUCCCACAGGAUGCCCUGGCUGGGCAAGGAAGACUGGAGCCGCGCCGUGUGGCGGCGCUACCACUUCCUCGCCUGGCUGUACAACUUCCUCGCCCUAGACGCCGGCCUAGACGAGCAGAUCAUGAUGUAUAUUGGUGGCGCCCUGCUCGCCGUGCUCAACCCGUGGCCGAAUCCGCACUACGAGGACCACGCCUCGCACCCGGCGUACCUGACCCUUGACCCCGAUCUCCCCGGCGCCGACCUCAUCCAGGAGUGCGUCUACUGGGUCGAGCACCACUGGCCCAUCCUUCCGUCCAGCACCCGACCUACCGACAGGCUCGGCCAGAUGCUUGACACGGGCCUCCAUCACUUUGAGACAAUCAACCGCAACACGGCAAUUGCGCUCGCGGACAUGAGGUCGCGGAACCGGUCGGCGGACGCCAGGACGAUGAUGUACGCCGUGCUGCCCGCGGCGGCCGUCGCCGACGGGUCGCCAAACUGCAAUAUUUGCAUGUCCGAGUGGGACGAGUACCCGAAUCACGAGCCCGUGAUGUUGCCAUGCUGCUCGCAGUACGUGGGGCGCAAGUGCCUCAAGAGCUGGCUGGCGCUGCGGGACCUCCGCGGGGCACGCAACGGGCGUGACGAGACGGAGGAGACGUGGGCGGCGGAGUUUAGCUGUCCCUUGUGUAGAUCGAAGAUUGGGGCGCAUUUCUCGCCGAAUAUCAGACAGGGUGGGCCGGCGGAUACGACAGAUUUUAGUUUCUAUGCCUGUUUGCGGGCGUAUCCGAAUGCUGAUGGGUACUGGGAUAAUCGACCGGCCCAGUGGGGUGCUUGA